AUGAAAUAUCCACAACCACCAUAUGGUGUAAUGGUGCAACCAGCAACAUCCAGCACUAAGAAGAUUAUUAUUAUUGUGGCUGUUGUCGUUACUAUUCUAGUCGUAGGUAUCAUUGUCGUAGGUGUUGCACUUGGAGUUGGUCUUGGUGUAGGUUUAAAACAUCACAGUGAUAGUUCAUCUAGCAGCAGUAGUAGUAGUGGUAGUUCUACUUCUAUUCUAUCGGCACCCGUAGUAACAUGUACUUAUGGUGGUUCAGCAACAUGUGGAUGUUCUGCAACGCAACCAUCAUUUUUAUCUGCAAAAAUAAUUAAUGGUUAUACUGCAGUAGCUAAUUCCUGGCCAUGGAUGGUAGCACUCUACAUAAACGAUAAUACUGUAUUUUGUGGUGGUUUUCUUAUCGAUUAUCAACAUGUUCUGACAGCAGCUCAUUGUGUGCUUGGUGUAAAAGGUUCAAUUGUCGCUUAUGCUGGUAUACAAACACUUUCAACAAAAAGUAGUGGACAAUCUCGUACUGUUAGUACAUUUACAACUCAUCCAGAUUAUUCAUCUACUCUCUUUACAAAUGAUUUAGCUGUACUUACACUUGCAUCACCUUUUACUCAAACAACAACAGUUGGUCAAUGUUGUUUAACAUCUGAUACUUCAUUACCAUCUUUCAAUCAGCAUGGUGUUAUUGCUGGAUGGGGAGAACCAUCAUUAACCGCUACAACUGUAUCAGAUAAUUUAAUGCAAGGUGUUAUUGAAGUUUUAGCCGCCUCAGAUUGUGAGGCAUCAUCGUCAAAUGAUAAUAUUCGAUUUUGUGCUGGUUAUAAUGGUACUGACGCAUGUUUUGGAGAUAGUGGAAGUCCAUACAUGAUUAGUAAUAAUAAUCUAUGGACAUGUGCUGGUAUUGUUAGUGCUGGUAGAGGUUGCGGCAUAGCUACUCUUUAUACUAGAGUUUCAUAUUAUUAUUCAUGGAUAUAUUCUAUUGUAAAUGGUUAA